AUGGAUGUUGGUGGCACGGCUGCUGAGCAGAGGCAAUUACUUCAAAAAUACGCCAACCAGAUAAAAAUAUUGAGCGAAGAGAUCACACACUAUGAGAACGAACAAUCGGUGAAGGAAUGGGCCAUCAAAGACCUCAAUGAGAAGUUAAACAAUCUUAAUGAACAGAUUCAGACAUUGAGACAGGAUUUGCGGAUUGAAACAGAGCGUUGCCAAUCUUUAGAGGACGCUAAUACGGAACUACAAUCGAAGUAUAACAAGAGUGAAGCUUCUAGACAGGAAAUGAUGCAUGAAUUGGAGCAAUUGAAUAAUGAGAAACGGGUAAUUAGCGAGAAAAUCCGUCAAUCGUACAUUAAACUAGGUACAAAGAGAAAGAUAGGCGAUAAACUGGUGCCAGAUAAUAACAGUGAUGAUGAGAACCACGACGAUGGACCACAUCACGAAGAAGACGACGUGGUUAAUGCCGUGAACACGAUAACCACAAUAAGCGAUUUUAAAGGACGGAAAAUUUCUUCAGUUUCCACACGAGACGCAUCAUUUGAUGAAUGGUGUGGGUCUGAGUCUGAGGCUGAAGAAAAUGAGGACGAAAUUUACGAUGCGGAACGUGAGGUGUUCAUCCAGCAGCCUUUGCUUACGCAAUACGAAACGUUGAUCCAAAAGCUUCAAGGAGAAAAUGAAAAGAUGUUAAGACAGCUUCGAGGAAAGAUGAAUAAUCACAGAAUCAAUUAUAGUUGGCCUUUGUUCGUAUAUGAGACCUGUCCUGUAGCCAUUUCUACGUUAAAGAAUUUCAUACGACCAUCCUUUUUGCUAUUGUGGCAGCCAUGGUGGUCGCAGUUCCGCACAUGCAGUAACCACGAUGUAAUAGAAACGUUGCCUUGUAUAAAUGAUGUGCAGUAA